UAACUUAAGAAACAUCGGAAAACCAGGCAGGGAAUUGAGAAGAAGAAGAAGAAGAACCUAAGAAUUUAAGGAAUAAAAUUUGCAAAAGUGAGGCCUCUAUCCCCCGAAAAGGGUAUCACAAGAUCCAAAUUCAUCGCAUGGUACUAUGACCCUUUUUCUUGGGUCAGAAAACCAAAUAGGAAAUUCAGAAGAAGAAUGAUUGGGACAAAAAUUACGGAUGGAAAAGAGAAUUAAUACAAAAAAUUGGUUGUGUUAUGUUGAUAAAAGCUACACUUAAAAUCAUCGUACCUAUAACGUUAUACUUUUGACAUGUAUAAAAUUUUACUAUCGAAAGUGUUGUUUCAAUUCAGACUUUAACUAUUGUGAAUAAAAAAAGUGACACAUAUUUUGUAAUUUUAACAUAUACUGCCAUAAGAGAAAGAGAUGAAUAUGCAUUACAUAUUUACAUCUGGAAUAAGAAGAAGCAAUCAAAUUGAUGAUAAGAUUGUACUUGAGAAAUCUGCGUGAUGAGAAAUUUGUCAUCACAAAGAGACAAUACUUGUUGCUUUCCAUGUUACUUUUCCUAUAUUGGUCAGUUUUUCGCUUUUAAGUAAUCAUCCUAAUAAACGAAAAUCAAUUUAAAUGGAUUUGAUGAUCUAACUGAAAUACGUUAAUAAUGUUGAAAAUUCUCAACAGUAAUCAUUCCUUAAUCUUAACGAAUUGAAAACGAACAAAAACGGAAGCGCCAAGGUCACGUUUAUCAAAAUGGAAAUAAUACCUGGUAAAAGGAAAGACAGUUUUAUAUAUGUAUAUGAGGGAUAUAAAUAUAAUAUUGAUAAAAGAUAUACUCAUGUAUAUCGCUGUGCAAGAAGACGCAGUCAUUUAUGUAGUGGCGUAUUAAUGAUACAAAAUGAAAAAUUUACUUUAGGAAAUAUGCAUAAUCAUCCAAGUGAGCCUCAUGUUAUAGAUGUUUUCAAAUUAAAAAGAGAAAUGAUUCAAAUGUCUAAAUAUACCACUGCAACAUCCAAAGAAAUAUAUGAUACAAUUUCUCAAAAGAAUCAAAGUGCAGCAGCAAAUAUUUCAUAUAAUGCAAUGAAAACUCUGUUGUCAAGAGAAAAAGUUAAAAUGCGACCUCCAGUACCUUCAAAUGUUUGUGAUUUAAAUGAUUUACUUAAAGAAUAUGAAUUUACAAAAUCUGUUUAUAAAAGCUGCAUUAUAUCUGAAGACAACAAAUAUUCAUAUAUUUUCACUACUGAUAAACUUUUAAAAUUAUUAGAGAAGAGUUCUGAAAUUUAUGUAAAUGGAACGUUUCCCGCUAUACCCAAAAUGCCAAGGUUUGCCAAAUUAUUUUCAGUACAUGUGCGGUACAUGGAAAAGGGUGUUGUAGUAUUACUUAUUUUAUGUGAAGCAAAAACAGAAUUUGUUUACAAUUCGAUAUGGAAAGAAAUAGUUAAAUUAGUACCUAACUUGCAAAACAAUUUACGUUUUAUAAUAAUGGAUUAUGAAAAAGUAUUAAUGAAUACUCUUCAUAAACAAUUUCCUCAGGCAUCUCUAUAUGGCUAUUGGUUCCAUUAUUGUCAAGCAGUUUUGAAAAAAUGGAUACAGUUAGGACUUACCAUACCGCAUAGGGUAGUGUCCAUAGCAAUGGCGUUAGCAUUAGCACCACCAGAAAUGUUUUCACAAGGUUUAAAUCUUAUGCAAAUCAUUACGAAUAAAGAAUGUUAUUUUUAUCCUAAUAUGUUGCUUUUUAUGGCAUAUAUGAAAAGUACAUGGCUCUCGAUAUUAGAAAAAGUUUGCGUAUAUCGCUGCCCAAAUAGGACCACUAACUUUGUAGAAUCAUUUCAUAAUAUCAUGGGACAUAAAAUGCAAACGGUUCAUCCAAAUUUAUGGAUAUUUUUAAAUAAUGUUUCUAAACUAAUUAUGAAUCAAGAAACCAAUUAUGAUCGUGUAAUAAAUGGUCAACAAAUGACAAAAAUCCGUUUUCCAUCCAGUAUGUUUAGAAAUAUAAAAAUACGAGACGCACAAAAUUAUUUAUCUUCUGGUCUUUUUUCUUUAGAACAAUUUCUGCAAGUUUAUGAUAAUGAAAUGAGUUAUCAGCAACAUCAAAUGUCAUCAUUAAUUGAUCUCAGUGUUGAAGACGAGGAAAUAUAUGCUGAUUUGCUUACAGAAGGAGCUGUUAAUUCAGUUUCAACUUCUGAGUUCCACGUUGAAAAAAGAGUCGAAGACGAAGAGGUAAAGACAAACGAGAGAGCAAUUUCAACGAAGUUGAAAUUAGGGAAAAAAAAAUUCAGGGAAAUACUCACGAUAACGCAGUUGAAGAUAUGGAAAAAGAAGUUGAAGAAAAUAUUUAUGCUAAUGAAGUUGAAGCUAGGGAAAAAGAAGUCGAGGAACAUACUUAAAAUAAUAAAGAACAUAUUCACGAAGUGUCUGAAGAUGGUGAUGGAUACUGGCUUAUUAAAAAGAGUACAGAAAAAGAAGAUGCUCCAUUUUUUUCUGUAAAAAAAUAUAAUGGAUUACAGGUAAAAGCAGAUACAUAAUGAAAGAAAAUGUACCAUAUGUUUAAAUGAAAAAUCUUAUAUAAUCUUCGUAUCACGUGGAUGUUGCUUCAAAAUUACGUACAGAAGUUAAAAUAUGAGAUAUCCUAUUUGCAGCAACAAUCAUCAUUGGUAUUAUCAACGGUAUAUAAUAUCAUAAAUCAGAUAAAGGGUUUCAAUUUAUGAAUAUCCCUAUCUUGUGAUUUUGAGAGUAAAUUUAUUAAGAGCUUUUCAGCUAGAGAAAUGACAAUUAAAGACACUGUCAGACACAAGAGCGCGAUGUAAAGUUGUUCAUUGUUUAAACUGCCAAAUUUUUUAUCUCCUAAAUAAUUAACAGCCAUGACUUAC